GAGAGCUCAUUGGACUUCGUCCCAAUUAGAAUGUAUCAGAAAAGGCAGGUUUUCCAAAAUCGCACUUGCUCCAAGACGGUGAUGGUGGACUACAAGGGGCAGGCACGCGCGGAGACUUUGCUUGUGGUAUGCUUCGUGGUCAUCUGCACGCCCGCGUGGAUCUACGGCUACUUCCAGCAGGACUUCUCGUACCCGUUCCAGGCCUGGGUCGCUGCUACGGUUCUCAGUGCAUUGUUGGUUUUGCCAAACUGGCCGAUCUAUAAUCGCAACCCAAUUAAGUGGCUUCCCAGUGCCAUGUACGUGAAGAAGAAAAGCACUUAAAAGGCAGUACGAAACUCGAUGGAGAAGCGCAAACAAGACACCAAAUAGAUACUCUGACCAGCGACAAAAGUCGAAGGAAAGAAGCAGAAAGAGAAUUCAUUAUUGGCAAUGUUCGUGUCUGAGCGGUAGAUACUCGGCUGGGUCUAGAGGUGUGUUUUAUUCCUUGUCGUCACCCUCAGCCUCCU